AUGACACGGAACAUGCAAACCCUCUCAUGUCGUUUUCAUCCCGAAUCGACGUUAAUCGAAGAUUGGCGUGCAGGUGAUACGAUCUGUUCUGAGUGUGGGUUAGUAGUGGGCGAUCGAACGAUCGAUGUUAGCUCCGAAUGGCGAACAUUUGCCAAUGACACCGAUGCGAAAGACAUGUGUCGCGUCGGUGGUCCAGAUAAUUUCUUAUUUGACAACAAUACAUUCGAUACGAUGAUUGCCAAAGGGAAAGGUAAACCAGCAGUCGACGAAUUCGGCCAGCAGAAAUAUAAAACUACAUCGGUCCAGACAUCAUCAGGAGACAGAGCUUUACAAGACGGUUAUAACAUCAUUCGACAAAUGGCCAAUCGAAUCUCGUUAGAAAACCGAAUAGUAAAACAAGCGUGUUUACUCUACAAGAAAUGUCAUGAUGCAAAAUGUGCGCGUGGCUAUGAAAAAGAAGCAAUUGCUGCCACGUGUAUUUAUAUAUCUUGUCGGCAAGGAGGUAUGCCGCGUACAAUUAAAGAAAUAUGUGGCAUUGCGCCGGGUGUAUCGAAAGUGAAGAUUGGUAGAUGUUUUAGUAAGAUAAAACAAGAACUACCGAAUUUUAUUCUGCAUGAAGCGGUGGAUGUCAAAAAUCUCAUCUCUCGUUUCUGUGGUCGACUUGAACUGAAAAAUCAUAGACUCAUUGUCAAAGUUUCAACACACAUUAGCGAACGAGCGAAAGAAAUUUGUGAUAUACAAAGUCGAGCACCAGAAUCAGUUGUAGGCGCAGUCAUUUACAUGGCAUGUGCUAUUAUUGGUGAACAAAAACCAAUAAAAGACUUAGGACUAGCAACCGGAACUGCAGAGAGCACCAUUCGUCAAGUAUAUAAAGAACUUUCAUUGAAAGUAUCGCAAUUAUUACCAACCGGUCCGGAAUUCUCCGCCUGUUCGCUACGGAAUCUACCCAAAUGUUAA